UAAGCAUACACAAUCACACUGCAGUUACAGGCAGUGGGGGCAAAUGAAAUCGUUUGUGUUCUCAAAGCUAGACAUAGCUGUCGGAUAUGGGGUUUAUGAUCGUUAUAUAGCGGGUGCACGUCUUCACCGGUUAGUGUCGUGUUGACGGACCUGUAAAUGCAGCAUCUCCGCAGGGAAGCGUUUGAUCAGUGAAGCUAUCAGUGGUAAAUUACACCCCACCAAACCAGCCAUGGCCUCUGAUAUCAACUAUCAGGAUGGUCCAAACUUUGCUAGAAGAAGUGAGAGCCCUGAUGAGGAUGAGCCUAUUGGUUCACCCGGAUCUCCACGGCACCCCGAAUAUGAACGAAUCGGAGGCAGAGCAGGAUCCUCUUUUUUCCAGACAUUAAUUCAUUUACUGAAAGGAAAUAUUGGCACUGGACUGCUCGGCUUGCCUUUGGCUGUCAAGAAUGCUGGACUCCUGGUGGGGCCUUUAAGUCUUCUGGCCAUGGGCAUAGUGGCAGUACAUUGCAUGAACCUACUUGUGAAAUGUGCACAUCAUCUAAGUGCAAAGCUUGGAAAACCCUUUCUGUCCUAUGGAGAUGCAGUAGAGUAUGGGAUGGAGAAUGUACCAUGGCUAAGCAGACAUUCGGCGUGGGGAAGACGUGUGGUGAAUUUGUUCCUCAACAUAACCCAGCUGGGAUUCUGCUGUGUGUACUUUGUGUUCCUCAGUGAAAAUGUCAAACAGGUGGUUGAGACUGCCAAUGGGACCACUGUGAACUGUCACACCAAUGAGACAGGAGUGAUGAUCCCCAGCUAUGAUUCUCGCCUUUACAUGGUCUUCUUUCUGCCCUUUAUCAUUGUUUUGGUGUUUAUCCGCAACCUCAAAUACUUGGCGCCUCUUUCCUUUUUUGCAAACAUUUCCAUGUGUGCCAGCCUGGUCUUCAUAUACUACUACUGCUUAACGAAUAUUCCAUAUCCGAUUGAUCUUCCAUUGGCUGGAAGAGGAGUCGAUUAUCCUCUCUUCUUUGGAACAGCAAUAUUCGCCUUUGAGGGAAUUGGAGUUGUUUUACCACUUGAGAAUAAGAUGCAGAAUCCCAAAAAAUUCACCAUGGUUCUUUAUCUCGGCAUGGGUAUUGUCACCGUCCUCUACAUCACUAUGGGCACCAUUGGUUACAUCGGCUUUGGAGAGAACAUUCGGGGCAGCAUCACGUUAAAUUUACCUUUGUGUUGGCUAUAUCAGACCGUGAAGCUGCUUUACUCAUUUGGAAUCUACAUCACCUACGCGCUGCAGUUCUACGUCUCAGCAGAAAUCCUGAUCCCGCCGGCACAGGCGCGGUGCAGCACCAGGUGGGCGCUGGCGGUGGACCUCAGCAUCCGUGUGGCCCUCGUAUGCCUCACAUGUGCUCUUGCCAUAUUGAUUCCAGAGCUUGACCUCGUGAUCUCGCUGGUGGGAUCUGUGAGCAGCAGCGCUUUGGCCCUCAUCUUUCCACCUUUGCUUCAAAUCAUCACCUUUCAUAAUGAAGGCAUGACUCCAUUGGUAAUGGCCAAAGAUGUGGGAAUCAGCGUCAUUGGUCUGGUGGGUUUCGUGGCAGGGACCUACAUCUCGAUUCAAGAGAUUAUCACACGCAACAGUGCCGGACGCAACAGCACACACCUUCAGCUCAUGUGAAUGUUGAACCACAGCCAUUACUCUUUAUAUACUGUAGUGAGUUCUGCUUGGGAUUAUUUUUGCU